UUCAUCAAUCGACGGAGUGUUUACUCAAACAUUUUCAAUGUGUCACGGCGGAUAGAAAGAACAGCUGAAGGCUGAUGUCAGUGUGCGAAACAUGUGAAAAGAGAUGUGAUAGUAUUUGUUAACAACUCUCACAGACUUGACAAAAUUUUUUGUUUUCUGAUUUAGUAUUCUGUAAUAACUUGGAAAAUGGCGAAAACUUGUUUGAGACAGUAUUUUGUGUUCUUCUUUCUAUGGACUUUUUAUGUAUCGUUGGCGGAUCCAGACAGUGGGAGCCAAAUGACCGGGUGUCAUCGUGUAAAACAGGCUUACCUACGGGAACACAUCGGUCCCGCCAGUCUAGUCCCGAGUGAACCAAUUUAUGAUGGUGACAUUUCAAUAUGUUUUAAUGCUGCGUCUAAAGAUAAAAGUGAAAAAUCCUGCUGCUCCAAGGCUUCCGAGUUGAGUUAUGUCACCGCUGCAGAAAAGUUUCUGCGAAAGACAAUACACACAAAAAAUGCAUACCUUAAGAAAUUAGUGAUGGACCAUAUUGUACAAUACGAAGAACGUUUGGAAAAUGUAAUCCAGAGUUCAUACAACAGGACGAGCCAGCUGCUAAUAGAUUUAUAUGAUAUUCCACCAAGUGCCCAUAGACAACCUCUGAAAGACUUCUACCAAGACAUUAGGACUUAUUUAAAAAUGAAACAUGUGAGCCUGUAUGGCUCAGUGAAUUCCUUAUUUGAUUCUUUAUUCCCGUAUUUGUAUAAAUACAUUCUCGAAGGGAAGAAUAUUUCAGUGACCUUAUCUCCAGAACACACCGAGUGCUUAAAAAACAAACGACAAGAAAUAAUCCCCAAUCCAUUUGGACCACUUCCUUACAAUAUAUCCCAUAUCCUUAAUAAGGCAUUGUCUACAGCCAAAUCAUACAUGGAUGUGCUGACCUUGUUGGUGGAGGCCAUCAAUACAACAGAUCAAAUGACCUUGACCGAAAAGUGCCAACAUGCAGUGACCCGCCUUCAGUAUUGUUCACAUUGCCAACAGGAAAUUGACACCAAACCAUGCAAGGGAUUUUGCUUAAAUUCAAUGAGAAGGUGUUUGGCACAGCUUUCUGUUAUAAGUAAUGAUUGGAAUGGAUUAAUUAUGUCAGUAGGUCGACUUCAGGCCUGGAUGGCUCAGAAGUAUGAUGCUGAACAUACACUGAAUAAGCUGGACGGGAAACUGGACACAGCUAUAAUGCAUGCCCUCACCACUAGUGAGAAGUACAUAAAUAGUACCCAACAAAUCUGUGGUUUUAGAACUCCUAUAAGUUCAAAGCAGGUACUCCCAAAGAAUAUACCUGCUUCUUCCAGCUCAGGUCCCUUGAAGAUUAAAAGAGAAAUUGGCGGGGAAAUGUAUGAAAAAAUUCUGGAGGUCAUGAAGGAGCUGCUGACCUCACUGAAGAUGUUUGACACCAUUGCUGAUGAUAUCUGUGAUCAACAGAUUUUUUAUGACCAGGAUAUUAACAGUACCCAGUGCUGGAAUGGGCUCACAAAGGGGAGAUACACCGAAGUUGUUGAAGAUAUUCCGACCCUACUAACGAGAACAGCUAUGGUUAUAGACCCCAAGCUUGUUAGCUUGAAAGAUAAACUAGCUGCAAUGAGAGUGAACCUCAUGACGCGUUAUUCGGACUUUGAUUACGCUAGGGACAGAAGACAGCCCAUGCAGUCAGACUCUUUUAAGUACGGUAGUGGAGACUACAGCCUACAUCACGAUCAUCUUCAGACGGAUGAUGAGGACCUUUAUGGUAGCUCUGGUGAUAUGUAUAGUGGUAGCGGUAGUGGUAGCACGCCUGUCAUAUUUGAUGUCACCAUGGAAGAUACCAGAUAUACGGCAUUGCCGCCUGCUAAAAAACCAAAUCCUGCAGGAGGGAGUUCAUGUUUGACUGUUUCCUUAGCAACAGUAUUAAUGGUGAUUUUGACGUUAACGGUGUUAUGAUAGUGCCUUUGAUGUGUUAAACUCUUGUUACAUUGAUAUAAGAAGAAAAAUCCAAAAUCAUCUGGCCAUUCUUCCAGGAGAUUUUGAACACCUGGUGGUUCCAAGUACAGGAAUAUAUAGUGAAGAAUUAGUGGUUUUUAUUGUUCCAGAGAGAGAGUUCAUUUUUGUUGUUAAAAAAUCAAAGUAUGUAACAAACUCUCUAACUGAAAUACCUAUCUGGAAACUUUUUUCAAAUCCAGUUUAAUUUUUUUCAUUCUCAUAUUACUGUUAUGAGUGAAAGGCUUUAAAAUGUCAAGAAAAAAGUGCUGAAUGUUGUCUCAUUACCAUCACAUUAUGUAACAGAAAGCUUUGUAUGGAUAUUCUAUGGAUGUGAAGACUUCUUAAAAUAUUCACAGGGCCUAAAACAAAAUAUUGUUUGUUUGCCGUUACCUACCGACUCGCUUAAAAUGCCCCCCCCCCCCCCCCCUAAAAAAAAAAAUUUCAGCUAUUUAUCAAAAUGAUUUUUUUAAUGUUUAAGUUUUCCAAAUACCAUAACUUUAGUUUUCUAAUUUAGAGAGUUACUUGUAUGUCUGUCAAUUAGGCACUACAGUUAAGUGUAGCGGGCAGGUGCAUAUAAACUUUUCAGCACCGUUGAAAGUACUUAUGAUUUGUUAUCUAAUAAAAGCCAAACUAAGACUUCUUUCUUUUAAAAAAAAAAAUGCCUUCCUAUCAACCCACUCUAAAAAUUGUGGGACGGCAACCUCAAACGGGGAAUUUUUUAAGCUUGGCCCCUGAGAAGAGUGUCAGUGAUUCUGAGGUAAUCUUGCUGUGGAAUGAUACAGAACCUGAAGGGAUGUUAAAGGUACAUGUUCAUGGUUAAGGCAUAAUGUGCAAUCUUACAUUUUGUGUAUAUAUAUAUAUAAAAACUGUUUCAUUUAUUAUAUUUUUCUGUUCAUGUUCUCAGAACUUUUUAUGCAUAAUUUAAAUGCUUUUAGAAGUUGCUAGUUUAUUUCUACAGGCAUUGUAACAAUAAAGUAUCAGUAAGUAUUGUAUAAAAUUCUAUGACAGUUACUGAAUGCAAAAUGAUUAUCCAUUAUUGAAUUUGGAACUGAAACCAAGGUUAACUGGUAGACAUUAUCAAUUUUAUUUUAAUAUUAGCCACCUUAUAAAAAAAAAAAUAA